AUGGACGGCCCAGCGGGCGUCAACCAGUGCUCAAUUCCACCGGGCAGCUCAUUCACUUACAACUUUACCAUCGACCAACCGGGCACGUAUUGGUACCACUCUCACAAUGAUGGCCAAUAUCCUGACGGCCUCCGUGGCCCAGUCAUUGUCCAUGAUCCUGAGUUCCCCUACAAGAAGGAAGUUGAUGAGGAAGUCGUCCUAACGCUUUCCGAUUGGUACCAUGAUGAGAUUUCAACGCUCAUGCCAAAAUUCCUGAGCAAGACAAACCCAACUGGAGCCGAGCCCGUUCCUAACGCUGCUCUCAUGAACGACACUCAGAACUUAACCAUUUCUGUCCAACCCGGCAAGACCUACUUGUUCCGUGUCGUCAACAUUGGUGCCUUUGCCGGCCAGUACCUCUGGUUUGAGGGCCACAAGAUGCGAAUCGUGGAAGUUGACGGCGUAUACACCAAAGACGCUGAAGCUGAAAUGAUUUACAUCUCCGCCGCUCAGAGAGUGAGCUUCCUCCUGACGACCAAGAGCGAAGCAUCUGCGAAUUUUCCCAUAGUCGCAAGCAUGGACACGACUCUCUUUGAUGUGCUCCCCCCGGAGCUCAACUACAACUCCACCGGCUGGCUCAGCUACGACAAAUCCAAAGACUAUCCAGCCGCUGCUAUCGUGGACGAGCUAAACGCCUUCGACGACAUGACUCUCGAAGCCUACGAUGGCAUGGAACUCCUUCCAGAACCCGACCGCACCGUGGAGCUUGAUGUCAUCAUGGACAACCUCGGUGAUGGUGCCAACUACGCCUUCUUCAACAACAUCACCUAUGCGUUCCCCAAGGUCCCCACGCUCUACACAGCCCUUAGUGCCGGCGAAAUGGCCAAUGACCCCAGGGUAUACGGCGAAUACACGCAUUCGUUUGUCCUAAAGAAGAAUGAGAUUGUCCAGAUCGUUGUCAACAACCUCGACACCGGCCGUCACCCGUUCCAUCUCCACGGCCACAACUUCCAAUCCAUCUACCGUUCAAAUGAGUCGGCCGGUACUUUUGCAGAUGAGGGCGGAGAGACGGGCAAGACAUUCCCCAAGGUGCCCAUGCGCCGAGAUACAAUCGUCGUUUGGCCCAACGGGAACAUUGUCUUGCGAUUCAAAGCCGACAACCCAGGUGUGUUCGAUUCCCAUGACCCCCUCAAGUUCACACAUGUUAACCAACGUGCAGGAAUUUGGCUGUUCCACUGCCACAUCGAGUGGCACGUCAUUUCCGGCCUCAUCGCGACCUUUGUGGAAGCGCCCACCGAGCUGCAAAAGACGCUCUCCAUACCACCCACUCACCUCCAAGCGUGCCAAAAGGCCAAUGUUGCCACUGAGGGCAACGCAGCAGCCAACACAAAGGACUACCUUGAUCUCAGCGGCCAGAAUAAGCCACCUGCCCCCCUCCCAGCUGGGUACGCUUCUCCCCCUCAUCCCCCUCCUCACAACCCCUUAAUCCCCCCUGCCAUCUCAUAUCCGUGCAUGGUCACUAACAACCCCAGAUUCACCACCCGAGGUAUCGUAGCCCUAGUAUUCAGCUGCAUAGCCGGCUUCCUUGGCGUCGGCGUCGUAGCAUGGUACGGCUUUUCGCAGGCCAUGGAAGAAGCUCCCAGGGCUGUAGGCAGCAUUAUCCGCAACGCGGACGUGUCCGAGUCCGACAAUAGCCAGAUUGCGUCCUCCAGUACCAAUGCCGGCAGAACAACUACCUAG